GGAAAUGAGCUUGUAAAGUAGCCUACAAACAAGAUGGCGACGCCCGAGGAGGCACAUGAUUCUCCUCCCGAAGCAGAAACAAUAAGCGUUUUAGAACAUAAUGACGAGCUUGAUGACGAGCCUCCACCACCGAAGAUCCGAGAGACUCCAGAAGACAUUAAGCAAGAGGCCAUCGUUAAUACACUGGCAUUCCAUCCUAACGAAGACAUCCUUGCUGCUGGAGACAUUGAUGGAGAUAUAUAUUUAUACAGCUACUCUUGUACUGAGGGGGAGAACAAAGAGCUGUGGUCAUCUGGGCAUCACCUCAAGUCAUGCAGGAAGGUUGCUUUCUCAAGUGAUGGUGAAAAAUUAUUCAGUGUGUCCAAAGACAAGGCUGUUCACAUAAUGGAUGUGGAAGCUGGAAAGCUUGUGACACGUAUUCCUAAAGCUCACAGCACACCCAUCAAUGCCUUGCUGUUAGUUGAUGAGAAUGUGAUUGCCACUGGUGACGAUGAAGGCACACUGAAAGUGUGGGACAUGAGAAAAGGCACUUCAUUCAUGUCUCUGAAACACCACGAGGAUUACAUCAGUGAUAUUGCUGUCGAUCAGGCCAAGAAGACAUUGCUUACCUCCAGUGGUGACGGAACGAUGGGUGUGUUCAGCAUAAAAAGGAGAAGAUUUGAACUGCUUUCUGAGUUUCAGAAUGGAGAUCUUACUUCUGUUUCCAUUAUGAAAAGAGGCCGAAAAGUGGUGUGCGGGUCCAGUGAAGGGACAAUAUACAUUUUCAACUGGAAUGGAUUUGGGGCCACUAGUGACCGAUUUGCUGUCCAGGCGGUGUCCAUUGACUCCAUUGUACCAAUUACAGACAGUUUACUUUGUGCUGCCUCUAUGGAUGGAGUCAUCAGAGCUAUCAGCAUUUUGCCCAACCGAGUAGUUGGCAGCGUAGGUCAACAUGCCGGUGAGCCUAUUGAAGAGAUUGCUUGCUCACGGGACACGCGCUUUGUUGCUAGUUGUGCUCACGACCAGCUCAUAAAGUUCUGGGACAUUUCCAGUCUGCCCAAAACGUCAAUUAAUGAUUACCGACGACGGAAGAAGAAAGACGGACGACUCAAGGCACUUAGUAGUAAGGCAUUUGGUGGAGGAGGGGAUUUUUUUUCUGGACUACUGGAUACAAAUGAGAAAACUGAUAAAACAGAAGAAGACAGUGAUGAAGAGAAUGACAGUGAUGAAGAGGAUGACAGUGACAGUGGGAGUGACUGAUUUUUAUGUGCUCAGUGUUUUUCAGUUGAACUGUAUAAUUAAGGUGUGUCAUACAACCAUAGUUUCAAAGACCUCAGUUCUGCCAUUGGUGCAUUUGCUUUUGUUGUGUGAUUAUGUGGAUAUUUGUUCUGUCUACGCUUGAGCAGCCAAGGAGCCGCAUUGUCAUUAUCUACCUGUACGUUA